AUGGUUCGACUCCAGAAUGGUUGGAUUACAUUUGUGCAAGACAAUCAUUUGGAAAUUGGUGAUGUGUGUGUAUUUGCGUUGAUUAACAACAUCGAAGGUUUAAUGGAUGUUGUUAUUUUCCGCACUAUAGAAGCUGCACGUUGCAACUUGUCACAAGAAGUUGAUGGGGAAAAAGAAAUGUCCCAAAUGGAAGAAACUGAUGAAGAUGAUGAUUGUGUUGAAAUCUUGGACGAUUCUCCACCAUGCCUGAAAACAAAGAAAAAAUCCCCAAUUGCAACACAGCGUCACAAGAAAAACAGAGCAGGUUCCAUUAGCACUUCAGAAAACCACAUGAAGAAAUUUGGUGGCUCGUCUUGGACUAAAGAAUUAGUAAAACGAAGACCUGAUCAGGUUCCUAGGAUGAUGAAUCCACUUACGGUAAGCGGAACAAAUAGAGCUCUUCAGAGAGCAAGGGCUUUCAAGUCUGAAUACCCUUGUUGCACGGUUGUUAUGCAUCCCUCGUAUAUCCAGGCAAAUACUUUGAAUUUGGAAGCUAAGUUUGCCCGGGAACAUCUUCUAUACAGGACUCAUGAUAAUGUGAUUCUUCGUGUUUCGGGUGGAAGAACUUGGCCUGUCAAAUUACACCAAUAUAGCAAAAAUGGACUGAAAUUCCAGAGUGGCUGGAUGAAAUUUGUGCAAGACAAUGGUUUGGAAAUCGGUGAUGUGUGUGUUUUCAUGUUGAUCAAUUAUACCGAACAUUUAAUUGAUGUAGUCAUUUUCCGCGGUAGAGAAACUGCUGAUUGCACCUUUUCACCAGGGAAAGCUCGAUCAAUUUUCAAGGAUCAGUUCAAGUCGAAAAAUAAGAAAGUAGCCGGAUGGAUGUAGUUGUUGAAGCUGAGUAUUUCUACAUGAAUACUACCCAACAUUAAUCUGAAUAUUGAAGGCAGAGUAAAAAAGGCCUGCAAAUUUAAUGAUGUCCAUGUCCUCCACUUGUUAUUUUGAUCACCCUUAUAAAGGGCAUCAUCCUAAGAACCCCUUUUGUUGUUAUGAAUUUCAACUUCAACUUGAACCCUACAUUUUGGAUGCCAUAGUUAUGAGAAAUGUUGUCUUUGUGCUUAACCUUAGCUUAGGUGGAACGGGUUCAGUGUCACCUUGGACUUGCGAGCCACUUAUAUAAGGCAAUGUAAUGAGUCUUGCACAUGAACUUGAGUGACCACAGGCAUCAUGAUGGUAGUAAACUUGUUUUCUGAUA